AUGGCGUCAUCUUCGAAUUUAAUCUCCGAUCCCCAAUCGAUAUCCAGCUCCAGCCGGUCGUCAGAAUUAAAGAACAAAAGGCGAAGAAAAGUAAUAACUGAUAAUCAAAUAGAACAAGUCAAAAUCAAUCCAACACGAUGGAAAUCCAUUGCCGAACAACAGAUCUAUUCCACCAAGCUCAUCGACGGCCUCCGUCAAGUCCGUCGAAGCUUCAAUUCUACGGCAAUUCCUCCCGUCACAACUCGCCUUAUCCGAGAGACCGCCGACAGAGUUCUCGCCGUUGCAGCCAAAGCAAGAACUCGAUGGAGCAGAGCCAUUCUCACGUCCCGGCUCCGU